AUGUCCAACCCAACCAACAAACACGGCCUCACCGCCGCCCCGGCCUCUGCCCAAGACCUCCUCACCAGUUCACCUAACCCAGCACCAACCGUUCCCCUCACCCCAAUCCCAGAAACCACACUAGCACAGCGCAUCAAUGUCGAUGCACGCACAUACCUCCCCGACCAGACCUACAACCACUCACAACGAUUACUGGGACUUGGGACGAUGAGACUUUCCUCCUCGCUUGUUUGUUGCAUCUGGGACCACGGAGGCCAAUAUCACCGCUAUCGGCUACAUUAUGAGUUCUUUGGCGGCGUGUUGGCAUUGCGUGUUUUGCAGAGUGCUACCCAUGAAGACGAAGACGAGGCUAAUGUAGGUGUCCAUGUUCGUGAGUGGGGGAGUCCAUCCGGGCUUCGGGCCCGCGACGGCCCCGCGUGA